CGCGCCCGCCGCACGCGCCCCGCGCCCGCCGCACGCGCCCGCCCGCCGCCGCAGCGCCAUGCCCGCCGACACGGGGAUGGAGAAGCCGACCGCUUCACCCAUCGCGGGGGCGCCGGCCAACGCCAGCCACACGCCGGACAAACCGCGGAGCGCCAGCGAGCACCGGAAGGUAAAUGGAGGGUGCCGCUUAGGGCACAACGGCGGCGGCGGCGGUGGCGCUGGAUGGCGGCGAGCCCGCGGCCGUAGUGAGUCUUCCAAGCCCAUCAUGGAGAAGCGGCGCCGGGCGCGGAUCAAUGAGAGCCUGGGGCAGCUCAAGACCCUCAUCCUGGACGCGCUGAAGAAGGACAGCUCCCGGCACUCCAAGCUGGAGAAGGCAGACAUCCUGGAGAUGACCGUCAAGCACCUGCGGAACCUGCAACGCGCGCAGAUGACGGCCGCUCUCAGCGCCGACCCCACCGUCCUGGGCAAGUACCGCGCUGGAUUCAACGAGUGCAUGAACGAGGUGACGCGGUUCCUGUCCACCUGCGAAGGGGUGAACACCGACGUGCGGACCCGGCUCCUCAGUCACCUCUCAGCUUGCCUGGGGCAGAUCGUGGCCAUGAACUACCCGCCACCGCCGCCGCCGUCGGGUCAGCCCGCACAUCUGGCACAGCAGCCUCUGCACGUCCAGCUGCCCCCCGCCGCAGCCGGAGCCGUGCCCGUGCCCUGCAAACUGAACCCCGCCGAAGCUCUCUCCCCCAAAGUCUACGGGGGCUUCCAGCUCGUCCCUGCUACCGAUGGCCAGUUCGCUUUUCUCAUCCCCAACCCGGCUUUUCCUCCCAGCUCCGGACCGGUUAUUCCCCUCUACGCCAACGCCAACGUGCCGGUGUCCGCGGGCAGCGGCUCUGGGAACGGGGCUGCCACCCCAUCAGCAUCCCCGGUGCAGGGCUUGACAUCAUUUGGGGGCAGCAUUGUUCCAGCGUCCCAGGCGGGAAGUCCCAUUGGAGAGCGAAGUGAAUCGGUGUGGAGGCCUUGGUGACUUGCCUAAAACUAUUCCUUCCCCUCCCUCCAACAAACCACACUCUUCUGUUGGCUCCGUUGUAUGGAGCCCUCUUAUGUUUCGGGGUUGUUUGGGCUUUUGGUUUGUUUUUUAAAGCAGAUUUAAAUGGAAAAAGAGAGAAAAGGACCCUCACUAUGAACAUGCUAUUUAUUAUUUUCAGAGGUUGGGAUCUCCACUUGUAUUUUUACUCCUUUAAAAUGCCUUUAUUUGAGAUACUUUUUUUAAAGAAAGGAAAAUAAAUGAGAAAUAGUUUUGUAACAAAUACUCGAAAGGAGAAAUGCCAAAGUUGUUUGUAUCCCGUUUGUGUGUGUGUGUGUGUGUGUGUGUGUGUGCGCCUGUGCUCGAGCCUUCCAACAAAAAAAUACCCAGAAAAGCAAAACAAAAAUUGCAGGUGUUUAAAUAAAUAAAUUCUUUGAAAUUAGAUAA